AUGGAGCAGGAGAAUGACAUCAGUGUCCAGGAGUUCAUCCUGGUGGGAUUCCCGACCAUCUUGGAGCUACAGAUAUUGCUCUUUGUGAUAUUCCUGGUGGCCUAUGUGCUGACCCUCCUGGAGAAUAUGGUCAUCAUUGCCUUGAUCCAAACAAAAAAUCACCUCCGCAAGCCCAUGUAUUUCUUCCUCAGUCACCUCUCCUUCCUGGAAGCCUAGUACAUCUCAGUCACCAUCCCCAAACUGCUGGUGAAUUUCCUGGUGAAGAACAAGAGCAUCUCCUUUAUGGGAUGCAUGACCCAACUCUAUUUCUUCAGCUCCUUCUUAUGCACUGAGUGUGUCCUGCUGGCUUCCAUGGCCUACAACCGCUAUGUGGCCAUCUGCAACCCACUGUGUUACCUGGCCAUCAUGACCCAGUUCUGCCUGCAGCUGGCAGCUGUCUCCUGGGUAAAUGGCUUCUCCAUAUCCCUGGUCAAGGUGUCCUUCAUCUCCCUGAUGUUUUGCAGCCUGGGGAUCAUCAACCAUUUCUUUUGCGACAUCUCCCCGGUGCUGAACCUGGCCUGCACUGACAUGUCACUGGCAGAGACGGUGGACUUUGCACUAGCCUUGAUCAUCCUGAUGGUCCCGCUCUCUGUGACAAUUGUCUCCUACCUGUGCAUCAUUGCCACCAUCCUGCACCUACCCACUGUCCAGGGGAGGAAGAAAGCCUUCUCCACCUACUCCCACCUCACUGUGGUCAUCAUCUUAUUCUCAACCUCCCUCUUCAUGUACGCCCAGCCAAAGAAGAUCCAUCCAUUUGACUUGAACAAGCUGGUGUCAGUCGUGUACACUAUUGUCACCCCCAUGCUGAACCCCUUCAUCUACUGCCUGAGGAACCAAGAAGUGAAGGGGGCACUAAGGAAAGCUUUCUGUGGUGUGAGUGCUGUCCACCAGGCUAUGUGA